GAAGUGACACGCAGAAGUAGUAGAAAAAUCAGCUGGCUGCAAAUUGGUCGAACCCUGGGUUUUUGCUGGCAGGUGAGAUGGCAGAUGAGGAAGAGGAUCCUACAUUUGAGGAGGAAAAUGAAGAAAUUGGAGGAGGUGCUGAAGGUGGACAGGGUAAAAGAAAGAGACUUUUUUCUAAAGAAUUGCGAUGUAUGAUGUAUGGGUUUGGAGAUGACCAGAAUCCUUAUACCGAGUCAGUGGAUAUUCUUGAAGACCUUGUCAUAGAGUUUAUCACUGAAAUGACUCACAAGGCAAUGUCCAUUGGAAGACAAGGUCGAGUACAAGUCGAAGAUAUCGUCUUCUUGAUUCGAAAGGACCCGAGGAAAUUUGCUAGAGUUAAAGACUUGCUGACUAUGAAUGAAGAAUUGAAACGAGCUAGAAAAGCAUUUGAUGAAGCAAACUAUGGGUCUUGACACCUUGUGUAUUUUCUGAAAUGUCAUUUUCUAUGGAAACCAUAUAUGUUUAUUUUCUGUAGUAUUGUCCUGAUGCUUAGGCAUGUACAUGAGAGGAAGAAACACAAGUUUUCAGCCUUUAUUUUCAUGUCUUUGUUUUUAGAGCAUUUGGUUCCAGCCCUUAAUUGCCUGCCUUUAUGUGACCAUACUUGAAUUACUUACUAGAUUUUAAUGACUACAUAUAAGUUAUAACUGCAAACCAUGAAGUUCCUUCUGCCUUUGGACUGUCUGAAGAAUAAACUUGUAUUAUAUAUUAGAUAUAUUCAUGCCAUUAUAAGCUGUAUGCUAGCUGUUGAAUAAGUAAAAUCUCAGUGGCCUUUUUGACUGACAGCUAAGGCAUGUACUUCAUGUAUUCUGAAGUUUUUAGACAGCAGUCAUCAUUUUUGUGUGUAAGGAGAGGGUGUAGGAAAUUACAAGUUUUUGUAAGAAAAUUUGUUUUACUAUCUUUUCUAAAGAUAAUUUUUUUUUUUUUAGUGAGGUUAUUGGUACAA